UUUGAGCCAGGAGGUAAUAGGGAGCUAUUGGAACUUCUUGAAUGAGGGAGCAGGGUGGUGAUGGUAUAUGACACAAUCAGGCCUUGGCAUUAGGAAAAUCACUUUGGCAGCUGUAUGGAAGUGGUAUUGGAGGGAGGAGAGACUUGAGGCAGAGACCAAUCAGAAAGCUAUUGCAAAAGUCUGGCCAUGAGGGUAUGAGGGACUGCACCCAAGUGACAACUGCGAGAAGAAAAGGGAUGGAGAGGAAAAAUAUUGGAGCAAGUCGGGAGUUGAGGAUGAUCCCCAGGUUAGGAGCCUGGGUGAUGAGGAGGAUGGUGAUGCUUUGGUCAGUAAUCAUUUAAGCCCUCUCAUCCCUUACUCUCUUCUCUCAGACCUUCCACCCUCAUUUUUGUCUCCUCUCCUUGCUUAGAUCUCAAGCCUUCGGUGGACCCCACUCCAGUCCAGAACUGAGUUUUAGCUGAGCCCCUUAUCUCACUUUGACCUUUGGUAAAGGUAUUUCAUCACUCCAGCCUUGAAUUUCCUUCUGAUUUCAAUACUUGCGAUCUGAGUUUGGUCGGUGUGGGUGGCUCUCUCCACCAUUGCAGACUGCAACCCUUCUGUGAUUUAGUAGAAAGCUGGUGUGGCUGAAAAAUCCAUCACCUGGUCUGUAUUCAGCCAGGUAAGAUGUCUCCCCUGAAGUAGUCCAGUCUUCAGACCACCACUGGAGCUCUACUUGGAGCCUUUCCAGCCUGGGGAGAGCUCAUGCCCCAAUGGCACAGCCUUCUUUUAGAGAGCCCAGCAUUCUUUGCAGGAAGACUUCAACAGAAGUUUCUGGGGUAGGAUAGGACUAAUAAUAACUGUUCUUUGUAGGGAGAUCGUGAUGAUCCAGCAAGGUCAGGGAAGAAAGGAGAACCCAAACCCUAAUCCUAAGUCCUCUCUCCUGAAUCCCCCAAUGCCCUAGUAGCUGGCCUUCCCUGUAUGAUCUUCCUUGCCUUCUUUUGCUAAUGCCUAUGCAUUCAUCCUUGGAUACUUCAAAGGACCUUGGGAAGCCCCUGUAACCCAAAAACCUGCCUUUGCAGAUCCCAGCCCCUCUACAAUUAGUGGCCAUUUGUCCCCACACAUGCUUCAUACCUGUAAGAAGAAUGUUUGGACCCGGUGGACUCUUUGCUGAUUUCCUGGUACCCUUGGACCACUGGGCAGCUCGCUGCUAUCUGUCAUCCUUACCCUCACCAAAUGGCCAGCCUGCCUCCUCUUCCCUCGCGCAUGUCUUCAACAAUGACUUUCAGCUCACUUUUUUACUUGCAAGUAACACGGUGACAUUUAUAGAGCAUCGACUGUAAGCCCUGCAGGGGUCUUGCAUCCAGUUCAAGACAGGCCCAUCGUGGUGGAGUGAUUUGUCCAAGGUCACAUGUGUUGCUUUAUUCAUUCAAUAAACAUUUAUGGAGCAUCUGCUAUUUGCACACCCACACACACACACCCCUUUUCCCUCUUCCUUUCCAGUCUUUCUUCUGCAUUUCCCUUCCUCGCCCACCUACAGUUUCCCCUCUUCAUUAUCUUUCCUCCACCCCGUUUUCCUCCUCCCCUCCCCCAGCGCCUCCUCUCCUGCUCAUCCCUCCCUCCAUCUGUCCCCCGCCUUCCCAGCACCCCAGCCCCGGAGGUCCCCACCGCUCGCUCUCCCUUCCCUCUGCCCCCUCCCGCCUCUGUCCUCGGUCCCCCGCCCCUUCGACUCCCUACUGGCCCGCCUGCAGCCGCCAGCCACCGCAGCGAGCGCUCGUUCGAGCCUUCCUCGGAACUGUCCGGACUGUCAGUGCGCAGCUCCGGCCGGCGGCUGCUCCUGGAGCCCGAGAGGGAUCGAGGGAUCGCGGGAUCGCAGAAUCGCGGGAUCACAGAGGGCUCAGGCACAGCCAGGCCCCACCUGGGUUCCACCACUCUAGCUACUUCACAUCAGGCACUUGGAUCCACUUGUCUUCCCUCCAGUGUGCAAAAGGAGAAACUGAGUCUGAAUAGACAGCUGCGAUUUGCUCCAGCUCCAUCCUCCCUGGAAUUUCUAAGUGACAGCAUCCCUCUUCAUCUGGGGCUGCACUGGAGAGGAGCAACAGGCCAUGUCACUGAUGACCACUGGGCUUCUGCUGAGCCUGCUUGGCCCUGUGGCCUGCUGGGCACUGGGUUCAGGUUCUGAGCUGCGCUCAGCCUUCUCCGUGGCCCGGACCACCAGCCUGGAGGGUACGACGGAGAUGGCAGUGACCUUUGACAAGGUCUAUGUCAACAUCGGAGGUGACUUUGACCCUGGGACAGGCCUGUUUCGCUGCCGAGUUCCAGGGGCCUACUACUUCUCCUUCACUGUGGGUAAAUACCCUCAGAAGAGCCUGUCAGUGAUGCUGGUGAGGAACAGGAAUGAGGUGCAGGCCCUGGCUUUUGAUGAACAGCAGCGGCCUGAGCGCAAGGCAGCCAGCCAGAGCGCCAUGCUGCAGCUGGACUAUGGGGACACGGUCUGGCUGCGCCUCCAUGGGGACCCCCAGUAUGCACUCUAUGGUUCAGCAGGGGGGCCCUGCACCACCUUCAGUGGCUACCUCAUCUAUCCAGACACCUCCUCCUACUUCCAUAGCCACCAGGGCCUCCCUGCCCAGCUGCCUGGAGCCCGGGCAGCAGAGCCUGAACCCGAUCCCCGCUCUGCCUUCUCCGCGGCCCGCUCUGAGAGCCUGGUAGGGAUUGAUGAAGCGCCUUCUGUCAGACACAGGCCACUCACCUUUGACACGGAAUUCGUCAACAUCGGAGGGGACUUCGAUGCCGCUUCAGGGAUCUUCCGCUGCCGCCUGCCUGGCGCCUACUACUUCUCCUUCACCAUCGGCAAGAUGCCUCACAAGAUGUUGUCAGUGAAGCUGAUGAAGAAUCGGGACGAGGUACAAGCCAUGAUCUACGACGACAGUCCCUCGAGGCGGCGGGAGAUGCAGAGCCAGAGUGUGAUGCUGGCCCUGAAACCUGGGGACACUGUCUGGCUCCACAGUCACCAGCAUGAGGGCUAUGGAGCCUACAGUAAUCACGGCAAGUACAUCACUUUCACUGGCUUCCUGGUCUACCCAGACAUCCCUCCAGGCCAAUUCAGCCCCCUGGACCCCUGAUCCAUUCUCCAAAGGGGGCCUGUGGAGACAGAAGACCCAACUGGGUAUGGGAGGGGGAGGGAUGCAUGCUGUGUAUACGUGUGUCUGUCUUUCGUGCCCCAGUGGGCUCAACUGACAUGUCUGUGUCACUGUGUCAGCAUGAAGGCUGGAAAUGCUGCAGGAGCCAUUCAGUGGGGAUGGGGUCUGCACUUGGGCCAAUAAAGCAGCAGGGCUCCAAAUGCCUCCAGCUGCCAAGAUCUGAGCUGGAA